GCCAUACAAACUCUUCAAAAUGGUCAACACUGAGGUUCCCUCCAGCAACAUUGAUGCCUACGCCCUCUUUGAGGCCUUGACCGGCCGAAAGAUUGACAGGCCUCUGAGCUCUGGAGCCAUGUCUGAGGACUACGACGUCGUCCAAAACGAAAACGACUCUUUGGGCCGUGAACCCACUCCUGAUUCUCGCCCCAAAGAUGUUCAUGUUGGCGCCAUCAACCCUUAUGCUUUGGUUGAGGCCAUGAUCGGUCACAGGCUGGAUCGCCAUUCAAUGUCAUCCGCUCGUAUCAUCUCCGAUGUUCUUCAGACUGACUACGACGAGCUCUUCGACUUGAAGCAUGACUCGGUUCUGUUUGCCGGGUUGAAGCUCAACCGUCAAGAUCGCCGGGCUGAGGAGCUUGACGAGAAGGAUACCAAGAUUCUUCAGGAGAAAGAUCUUGUCACCCCUGACCUCUCGCGGGUUCAGAAGUUGGAGGACCUUGAGAAGCUUGGCCUCAAGGGCUUUGGCGAGAGCCGAGUGAAGAUGGCGCGCAUGCAAAAUGGCAAGCUCCGUCUCGUCGUUGACGCCGAUUCCAUUGCUAGAACUGUCAACAACAGGGACAUUACUAUGACCCUGAACGAGUUGGCAACUCGCUUCCGCCGCGAGAAGGGCGAAUGGACUCCGCCUAACAGCGAGUGGCGCGAUGUCCGAGAGGCUCUGUAUCAGAACAUACCCCAACGCAUCAUUGGUGACCUCAACCGAUUCAGUUUGAAUGGGCAAUCCUAUAAUGGACAGUACAACAAUAACAACCAAAUCAGCAUGAACAACUGCACCCACAGGAAUCGAUUCGAUGAUCCUGUCCAAGGUGCUCUCAGCAACAGCUGGCUCAUCGCUGCUAUCUUCUCUGUCUUCUGGGCAAACCCGUCUGUCAUUAACCGAGCUCCUCGCGAAAAUCACCGCCGCCGCGAGGAGGAUAACGAUGAGCACAACCGCCGUCACCGCGACCGCUUGCAGAUUAAGUUCCACGACAAGGGUGGCCGCAACAAUUCCAAGACUGAGACUGUCGAGGUUGACUUUGAGGUGCCCGUGAACAAUAGCAGCAACGAUCCUGUUUACUGUCGCUCAUCGGACGGUGCCGACAUUUGGCCGUCUCUCUAUGAGAAGGCAUUUGCCAAGUGGAUGUCUAACUCUCGUUCGGAGCGACCCGACAUUACGCAAACUGCCCAUGGUGAUCCUAUCAAGGCUAUGGCUCAGAUCAACGGACGUGAGCCGCACUACUACUUCUGCGACAAGCACAACUCUGACGACCUUGUCGGUCUUGUUCGUCACUGCUCUGUCAACUUCAAGACUAUCAACCCAAUGGCGGCGUACACCCACGCUAGUGGUCAAAUCUACCGCGGCACUAACCUUGUUGCCAACCACGCAUACUCCGUCCUCGGCUGGACCAACCAUGGUGAUCGACAGUACAUUAUUCUCCGCAACCCAUGGGGUGUGACUGAGCCUGUCGGCCUGACUAGUUACCCGGGCUUGCUCGACCGUGUCGAGCCCGCCUUCUGGCGCCCCGCCUGUCUCCUUGACCAGGAUGGUGUUCUCGCUCUUGAAGCCAGCUCCUUCAAGGAGUACUUCUCUUGCAUUGGCGUCGCUAAAUGAGGGUGUAUUACACAGGAGGUCCAGGUCAAGUCCUCCUCCAUUGAAUUGGACAUGUCAACGGACAUAAGGAUAUAUUUAAAAGUCGUUCAUUAAGAUAUUCUGCCUUAAUUUUAUUUAUUUCUGUCGCUAC